AUGAUGGCUUCGAUAUCUACCCCAUGGGGACAUGAUCCUUGCCAUGCUGCAACCAUACCCAUACUAGGACUGGUUUCACACGCUUGCGCCCACUCUGAACCAGCAACUCCAAGGCCCAAGAGAUUGCUCAAUAAUAUGUUAGCAGGAGCAUCGGUAAUUCCUUACGAAUGA